AUGCCAUCAGAAUCUGAUAAGUGGGGAUGGGAUCAUGUUAGUGUCUUUGGUGGAUUUGAUAAGGGAAGUGGGACUAAAAGGUGGAAGUGUAACCACUGCAAUCUGCGGUACAAUGGUUCUUACUCUCGUGUGAGAGCCCACCUGCUUGGUUUCUCUGGAGUAGGAGUGAAAAGUUGUCCAGCCAUAGACAGCUCUUUGAGAGAAGGAUUCCAGAUCUUAGAGGAAGAGCGGCUUGAUCGAAAGAGGAAGAAGCAUGCCACCAGUGGUGGGAAACCUGGAAAGCGUACCAAGACUUCUCAGUUAGCUAUCGCCUGGAAGAACAUCUCCAAGAAAGAUGUGGACGACAUGGUGACCAGAUUCUUCUUUGCAGAUGGUGUGAAUGUGGAUCUUAUCGAGUCCCCUUACUUUCUAGAUAUGGUCAAAGCGAUUGGUGCUUUUGGGUUUGAGUACGAGGCGCCCUCUGUGGAUGAGUUGACCGACUCCUUAAGUAGAGAGAAAUGCAGGAUCGAAAAAACAGUAUCUCUACUUAGGGAUUCCUGGCCACAUACUGGGUGUUCGAUAGUAUGUGUAGCUGCUCCUUCAGAUGGUGGGUCAGGUAGCUCUCGUGCAAGCUUGUUUGUCUCAAGUCCAAGGGGGAUUCUGUUCUUGAAAUCAGCUGAUGUGGAUGGUAGUAGUGACGGGACCAGUCCGUUAAUUGAUGCACUUACUGAAGUGAUUGAGGAAGUCGUUCCUGCAAACAUUGUACAGGUAAUCUCACACCUUGAUGGGGUCAGUAAAUCAUAUGAAUCAUCCAUCUCUUCCAAGUUUCCAAGUAUUAUUUGGUCUCCCUGCACUAGACAGUCCAUGGAAACGUUCAUGGAGGAAGUAUCUGAACUGGAAUGGGUUAAACCAAUCAUUUCACAUGGCAAGGCUAUUGAGGAAGGCAUGGGUGUUUAUCAUGGUAAUUCCCAACCUCUUUCUCUUUUGAAUCUCAAAGAUGAUUCUGAUCCUAUCUCCACUAAGCUUGCACCUUCAUACUGCUUUCUAAAGAAGAUUUCUGAGCUUAGAGAACCAUCACUAGAGGUUAUUGCCAGUGAGGAAUGGAAGCAAUGGAAACUUAGUUUUGGCAAAGAUGUUUCUACUAUUGAGUGUUCCAUAUCAGGGGACAGUUUCUGGAACAAAGUUCAGCUGCUGUUACAGCUAUACGAGCCGUUUGUGAGAGGAAUCACUUCAGUUGAUAUGGACAAAUCCCCUCCUGGUGCUGUUUGUGAUUGGAGAAUUCAGGCAGUGGAAGCACUGAGGAAGGAUAAUAAAGUUAGUGAUCAGGGCUUACUGAAUCAGCUGGAAGGGCUCAUUGACACCAGAUGGGAUACACUAUUCUCUCCUCUUCAUGCUGCAGGUUACAUACUCGAUCCGAGAUUUUUUGGUAAAGGUCAAGGUAAGGACAAACAUGUAAUGCGGGGAUGGAAGACUGUUUUAGAAAAAUACCAGACUGACAGCAAUGGAAGACGGAUCCUGAGGGAGCAGCUGAGCUCUUACUGGCGCCAAGAGGGGUCUCUAGGUGAGGAAGAUGCUGUUGAUUGCAGGGAUAAGAUGGACCCUGUUGCUUGGUGGGAGAACUUUGGUUCUGAGACACCUGACCUGCAAACCCUAGCCAUAAGGGUUCUCAGCCAAGUCUCUAGUGUUGGAAUGUGUGAUGAGAUCUGGCAGACUAAUGGGUCUUCGUAUCAAGACGUCGCCAACAGACUGGGAGUACAGAAGGCCGAGGAUCUUUUCUUUGUUAGGAACAACCUCAGACUUCAUAGCCAGAGAAAUGGGAAUUUAGGCGGUUGUGCUUCAUCAUCCGGCCCAAGAACUAUGCUGGCUACCUUGCCUUCAGAAGUAGAAGAUUCUAUGCCUAUCAAUCAUGAGCCAGCAGUAGAAGAUGUUCAUGAUGAGACAGUGGCUGGAUCUUCUUGA